UUAACUCUGCUAUAGCAUGCUACAGCCAGCAUGACAGCUCAGGGAAAACACAUAGUUUGAGAGCGAGAGAGAGAGAGAGAGAGAGAGAGAAAGUAAGGGGUAAGGAGGUGAGAACACGUGGAGAGAAAGAGGAGUAUCGAGAAAAGUAGGAAGAAGAUAAACAUCAAGACUGUAAGAAAUGAAAUAAAGGAAGUCUCAUCAAUCCAUGCCUCUAGUCCAUCUCUUUCUCUUCCCCAGGAUUAGGACUAUUUGGUCAUCACAAUGGCCCACAACCAAAGCAUUCCCCUUCGCCUCCUGUCCAACUUCUCCCUCCCCCAAAUCAUCCCUCCAUCCCUCACAAACCCCUCCUCAUCCCUCUAUCCGUUCUCCUCCUCGACAUCCCCCUCCCUGUUCCUGUCCACCUCCAUGCACAUCCUGAACACCACCAACACGUCUGUUUUCGGGGGAAACCAAAGCAUUGUGGGUAAUACCACCUCCACGACAGUAGGGGCUCUCAUCCUGUGUCUGGUCUUGCUGCUGGGCCUCCCCGGCAACCUCUUCAUCAUCUGGAGUAUCCUGGCGCGUGCCCGUCGUCGCUCCGUCACCACCCUCCUCAUCCUCAAUCUAGCGGUGGCCGACGGCUCACUCAUGGCGCUCACGCCCUUCUUCGUGAUCUACCUGGUCAAGAAGACUUGGGUUUUUGGCAAUAUCAUGUGCAAGAUACUCUUUUACUUGUGCCUAGCCAACAUGUACGCCUCCAUCCAACUGAUCAUGCUGAUGAGCCUGCACAGGCUGGUGGCCGUGGUGUGGCCUAAGCGCGUCGCUGCACUUGCUGGACGGAAGGCGGUACUGCGUGGGGUGCUGGUGCUGUGGACCAUGGUGCUGGUCGCGUCCAUCCCUGCGUUGCUGUUCAGGGACGAGCGGAAGACCGUGCACCCCAAUGGGAAGAGCCGGGUAGUGUGUGAGUCGUUGCACAAGCAGCAGAGUCAUGUGGUGCUCCAGUACACGUUGGAAACAGUGCUGGGAUUUGUAGUUCCUUACGGGGUGAUUAUAGGCAGCUACAUCUGCAUCCUGCGGCGGAUCAGGCAGACAAGGUUCAGGAGGAGGAUCCGCAGUGAGAAUCUCAUCCUGGCCAUCGUGGUAACCUUCGGUGUCUUCUGGUUGCCCUACCAUGUCAUCAACAUUGUGCAGGUUGCUGCAGCACUUUCUCCAAAGGAUUCAACUCUAAAAGCAAGGCUUGACCCUAUUUGGCAGACCAGCCGUGCGGUCACCUCAGCCCUGGCCUUCAUCAGCAGCUGUGCCAACCCUGUCCUCUACACUUUUGUUGGCAAGUCCUACAUCAGGCGGGACGGCUUUGCCUUCAUGGCCCGCUUGUUCGAGGGCACGGCGCAGGACUCUGGGACAAGGAAGAGCCGACAGAACAGCCAGAAUAGCCGAGAGAGAGACAGGGAUGCAAAGGAGGUCGGACUGAAGGAAAAGGAGGGAGACCUAGAGUCGACAACCAGCUCCAAUGUCAUGAGUCCCGUCUGUGUGAAACCUGUUAAGAAUGGCAAGCCGGGCCCGAUUCCGACUUAGGAAAUGAUGCCUUUCUUUUGCACAUCUUUCCUACACAUUUCUCAGUAGUUUACCUUAUGAAGGUGAGUAAUGGGCUUCGCAGGAGUGGUUCCCUUAAGCGCACUGAAGAAAUGUCAUUCACCUGCUGAAAACCCUCUUACUUACUGGCCAACAGAUUUUCUCGUGGAGUUUUCAUUCAAUAGAGUUUUCAGUACAUUUAUUUAGCCAUCCCUUUAAAUAUGGCGUACCUUUUAGUUUUGUUUACAGACUCAAUACAAUAUAUCGAGAGAAUCGGUUCAGAAUAUUAGGGAUCAAUUAAAGAAAGCCAUCUUAGUAUAUAUGUGCAUACUCAUCUCAGUUUCAGCACCAAGUGGUAGAUUUUAAAAUACUCUGAUCUUGUAGAUUAUUUAGGGUUAGGAAAUUAUUUGUGAAUCCUAAAAAAAAGGUUUGGAGGAAGAAAAUGGGUUUGAUUCAUUCAGAAAAUUGCCACGUUCAGAUCUUUAACUCAUGGUAAUUUUGGAUGAUUAGUGAACAAAGAAUUAUAAUAGGGAGAAUAGUGUGAAAUAGUAGGCUAUACCCUCAUCUAUUUCCUGCACUAACCAUGGAACUGUGUGAUGACACAUCCAAGUAUUGCACCAUACGUUGUGUUCAAACUGUUACGUUUGGUCUGUGCUCCUCUCCAUAACGAUUGAAUUAGCUAUGUCUUAACAACAAAAAAAAAUAUAUAUAUAUAUAUAUAUAUAUAUAUAUAUAUAUAUAUAUAUAUAUAUAUAUAUAUAUAUAAACUGUUACUAAUGAUCCUCACCAACAACCACAUGCCCGUGAUGGCGUUUACAGAGGAACCAAAUGAAGGUUAACAAACUAAUGUAAAUAAAUGGAACGAUAAUGUAGACUACACCAACUGAAGGGAACUAACAGUAAAUUGGCAGUUGAAUAUGUGUUGUUAUUAGGCCUACUGACGAUUGAUGCUGAUAGUGACUAAUAUUUAACAUGAUAGAACUAGGAAACAGAGAAGGUCGGUGUAGCCUAUAAAUCAAGACAUUCGAGAGUGCCCAUCCCAGCAAGGUAAGGCCUUACAUUCUGCCUAAUGGCACAGCAUUUCAUAAACUUCGCUGUGGGAAAGUUGAUAUGCUUCCGUUUUCUACCAUUUGACUGGUUUCACAUAUGCCUCCAGCAAUUAUAAGAUAAAAUAUAUCUAAAACAGGUGUCAUUUAUAUGUAAAAUUCCCUUAUCCAAAGGGAUGACUAAUUUACCUAGCUCUUCCCAAUAGCUCUUAUCAAGCUAUAAAUUAGACAAAAAUUAAGUAGAUACUUUUCCCACGUUAUUCCUUAUUCAUGGUUUCCUCAUGCUAAAGGUGUUGGAAUUUUAUGCCUUUCCUAUGCAUGCCUUUCCUUUGCACUUUUCAGUAUUUGGCAUUCAGACUUAUUUAGUCGUGUAAAGCGCUCUGCAGGAGUGGCUACCUUGCGCACUUUGAAUAAAUUGCAUUCAACUGCUGAAAACCCUCCCCAUAUGCUGGGCUACAGAUUUUCUCUUGGAGUUUUCAUUCAAUGGGGUUUUCCUAUAGCUCUGGUCUCCAAUUUUCAUCUUUGCAAAUUAUGAGAGCACACAAUUAGAAUUCUGAAUAACCUAUAUAUCCUAUUUCACUGUGCAAUACAGUAACGGUCAUGUUGAUAAGGCUUUCAGUUUGCUUCCAUAUGGCUGGUUUCACAUAAGGAAAAGUUAUCUAAAACAAUUACUAUGUGUAUUUACAAUCCCCUUCUCAAAACGGUUACUCAUUUACCUAGCUCUUAUAAAUAGAUAUGAUCAAGUUGUUACAGUGCAUGGAGAAAUUGUGUUAUUUCUAUUGGAACAAAUUAAGUAGAUGCUUUUUCUACUUGAAUCGGGAGGUUUGCUAGACCUUAUUCAUGGUUUCCUCACGUAAAGGUGGUGGAAUUAUUAGGGAAUUUAAGUCAAGGUCAGAAUACGACGUAUCUGUAGACACUCCUCUGCCUCAGCUUCAUUUAUUCGGUCUCCACCUCGAACGAAUAGGGGAUGAAUAGCAUACUAUUCCCAUGCUUAAGUUCAAGGUUAGAAUACGCAUAGAGAGGAAAACGCAUUUUAAAAAAGGAAUAAAGUUCCAAUUACACACGCUUAACUCUGGUCGGAAACUGGGCCAUAGUGACUGGAAGAUGAAUGAGUUGGAUGCUAUUUCAGAAGCUGUUUUGGAGGGAAUGUAGUUUCCUGUAGUUCGCAUGGUUGGCCACUAGAUAUGCAAGUCAUGUUUCCUAAUGGUUCAUGACUGACUUACUGACUGAACCAUAUCUCUGUUUUUAGAGGUGGUGAUUCAAGCUCAGUGGGUGGUGGAGUGAAUUGAGUCAAUUGUCUUUACAGUAUGCUUUGUCUGACUCUCUCUCCUUCUCUCCAUUUGUGUCAAAUCAAAUUUGAUUUGAUUUGUGUGUGUGCGCACACAUGUGAUUUACUGCUGUAAGUACACUACAAUACCAAAUUGUUAGAGUAAAAAGAGCACUGUAUAAUGUAAAGUGUUACCAAUAUUUGUAUAAUUGUUUACCACAUUUAUUUGAUCAAAAGCAUUAAGACAUGUUGUGUUUGUGCCAGUGCAAGAAAAUUAAAAACACUUUUCUCAGAGAA